CACUGCUACUCCUCCUCUUACUUCUCCCUAACCCUUUCCCUCGUACCCUCUCCUAUCAUCCCCAUCCACUGCCUUCAGUCCGCGUCACGUUGCGCUGGUCCAAGUAACUGGACAUCGACCAGAACUAGAGACCAGGAUUGGGACUUGCGACUGGGAAUAGCUACUCCUCCGAGUUUCACGGCCAUGGAUUACAUCACAUCUUUACCCCCGGAAAUUAUUCAAAUGAUCAUCGAGAAGUUGGAUAAUAAAAAGGAUCUUCGGCAUUUCGCGGCCGCUCAUCGGGUUUUCUGCGCUGCGAGCCUCAGUAUGCGACGCCUCUAUACCCGGGACAUGUACGACUGGAUUCUCAAAGUCAUCUGGAAAGGAGAUCCAGUCAGAGGUGAGGUCGACGCUGAGGCAAUCGAGCGCGUCCGUCAUGCCCUCCGACCUUCUAUGCCUCGAACGGAAACAGAAUACCUAUUCCCAAUCACAACGAUUAUACCACGACUACCGGACACAGAUGGGGACAACGAGUUUCCACGCGAAGAAUAUCAAUUCACACUCCUCCAUAUUGCGGCUUGGUUGGGCUUUAUUGAUCUAGCCCGGGCACUUCUACAGAGCGGUGCCGAUAUCAACGCCAUGGUCCUCAAUGAUAUACACGACAUGGACUACGUGGAACACACACCGGUUUUCCUAGCCGCUGCAAAUUGCCAAUGGGAGAUGGUAAAGCUCCUCGGAGAAAAAAAGGCUCAUAUUGGACGAAGCUUACUCUGGAUGAAUAUUUAUAAUUGUUGGUUGGACUACAGGUUGGUUAGUUGGUUGUUCGAUCGAACGGUGUUGCGAAUAGCUUCUUGUGGAUGUGUUCCUACGUGUAGGCUGGCCGAAGGGCCAGGGGCCAUCCAGCCAGCCUGCGCGCGCACUGCCCGUUAUGUGGGGCAGAUCUGCGCGCCGGCCAUACCUUCGUACCCAUUGAUUUGCCCAGGCCGGAUUUGUCCCGUGCCUCAGGCUGGCAGCCACGAUUCCAACAACAAUACCUCCUUGACAACCGAGGGGGCGUGGGAGCAUCAGUAGAUAAUAAUUGACAGAGGCUACCUCAACAUGUCGGCUUAUGGUCCAUAGUUGGCGUCAGCACAUUCAUAUGCUUCUCUGACCUGAGAGAACGAUGCAUACGGUACAUAUCUCGUGAUAUCAACAUAAUCUUUCGCAGAGAAUCGAAGACUCAUUUUGAUGCUAUAACGAUCACAAUCGCGGAGUGCUAUUCUCUUCAAGCCGGUUCACCGUCAUCUCUCUCCUUCCAAUACUAUGUUAUGUAGCGUGUGGGUGUAUGGAUUCUCGUCCCAAGAAGCCCUCGACUCUCACCUCCUGGCCACAUAGCAACAAAACCCCAAGCGCAAAUGACCCCAGUUGCCAGUAUGGCGAACCUUCCACGAAAAUUGCAGCCAUAGGCUUUUGUCGAUCAUAUCACAAGAAAUCUAGAGCCCAAGGUGAUGACCAUUGCGAAGGAGGCAAGGGGCGAGGGCAAUGAUAAGUCGUUGACUUGCGCGUUGGAUGCUCGGCGACUGUGUCAUCAAUGUUCCUGCUAUUGACUUCGUUGGCGAU